GGGCUCUAUAUACCCUGUUCACGACUCAUUUAUCCAGUUUCAUUGGGGGUGUUUGUUGUAGUUGUCUUGGCGGCGAUUGAUUGCAAGCUUGACUGUGUCUGAUGUUGUGGCGAUGACCCACGACGCCCCUCAAGAUGGGUCUAUCAGUUUGAGCGUGCUCAAUCUUUUUUUUUUCUGUCUUUUUUUCCCGUCACAUCCACUCAAACCCUUGAUUACUCUGAGAAAAUAUUAAACCCGUGUCCUUCCCGCCCGCUCUUUCACAAAAUUUUGUGUUAGCUGACAUUUUUAAUAAAUCAACGUCAGCAACAACUAACGAUCACGAGCACACCAACGCAUCAUCGGCUUUCAACACUUCACAAGUCACAUUUGAUUAGGCAUUAACGACGUCAACGAGAGAAAAAUUCUUAUAAUUCAAGGCAGCAACCCCAAGACUCAAGCCACCCACCAUCAGAGCAGGGCUUGAAUCUGCAAUAAUCUUGUCACCUAUUGUUUCGCAGCUUGCUCUUCCAAUCAAGUCGCAUUAAUCGUUUUUGAGUUGCCUUGCCUGGCCUAGCCCGAGGUCGACCACAACGUAAACAACAACAGACUUUCCGACCUGCCACCUUUGUGUGCUCGGGGGGGUUUUUUUAUUGUUCGACUCGACCUCUUUCGGCCAUCUUUUUCGACCAGUCGCAAAACAAGCAAACUACGCGGUUGGAAUCCAAUUGAGGGAAACAAAACCCAAAGACGACCGACGUACGCCCUGGCCAGACCGCGACCGAAACAAGGCAGGCAGCCCAGUCCUCGUUCUGGCCAAAUUUUGUGGAAUCCCAGCCAGCCACCGACACAGACAACUCACACGCCCCCCUACCCCCCCAUCCACUACCCGCCUACUUUAGGUCGUAUUAAACUACCCCGAAACGCGUGCAGCCCAUUUCUCCUCAAGGCUGCCAUUCUUUACCUUAAAAUCUUGUUCCUUUUUUUAUUCAAGCGCGACAGACUAAACCUGUUUGCGUAUCGAAGCUACUCCUUCCGUUCCACGCCAACGGACCUGACACCUUUUUUUUUCCCAUUCCGCCACUACUAAAUUCAGGCUUAGACCGCUGCUCCCGACCACUUUCCCCGUCCGUGGUACCGAAAAAUCCCGCUUGUCAGCUUAUCCUGCAUUCAAAUACCACAGACCUGCCCGGUUCCUCAUGAGCACACACCACACUCCGAGGUCGAAAUAUAGCACCUCGACUCCCAACUCUCCACAGUCUUCCCAUCAUUGCCAUUACAAAAAUCACAACUCGGAUAACAAACGCUUCGCCAGCCGCACACCAUCAUCCACCCAGCAUCAGUAUUGUGCACAUAGCGACACGAGUGCCAGGUCGACCUCAAACUACAGCGCGCGCGCCGAAUAUCACUACUCCAUCAGCGCAACCAUGGCUUCGACCUCACAAAACGCCGCGUCGUCGGCCAACUCAUCCACCAUCUCGAUGCAUCACUACUACUACUACCAAACCCCUUCACAUCAGAUGCCGGAGCCAGAGGUAUGGCUCAUGGCGACACCGAUCGACGACGACGACCUGACCUUUGGAGGCAAGCCGCUCAGCACUUGGUACGAGGAGGACCGGAGGAGGUUCAGCUUGGGCGAAGACAGCGCCAGGACGAUCGAGAGCGACGAGGACGAGGAGGAAGAGAGGGGACGACAAAGGGUUCGCGCACACUAUGACGCGCCAUCGCCAUCUCAUCGCCAACACCACAAGUCGCAGCACAGCAGCAAGAGCCAAGAGAAGCACUAGGUGUGCCAACAUGGCGCCCUCUCUCUCCCUUGCGCCCCCCCUGGACGCGCCCUCGACGUGUGGCAAAGGGCAACCGCUCCACAGGCGAUGAUGCAACAACCUGCAUGGUGUUGCUUCUUUUUGCGCCCCAAGAACGGUGCACAGGACAGCAAACGCCUUUGCAUAGGUUGAAGCUCGGGCCCCCCUCCCCUUUAUCCCCCACGCGCACGCGCGAAUGUGCACCGGCUUGCUGUCACUCCACGCGUCGAAUGACACCCACUCCAUCCAAUGUGCACCAAAAGUCACCGCAAUUUGUCCGACUGCUUUGGGGGAGGGAAACGUCUGCAGCCGCUCCGACGAUCGACGAUUCACACGCAUGCGCUGCGGACGCAGAUGUGCGGUGUCGCUGCGGCAUGGCGCUGCGCUAGCGUCGUCGCACCGUCACAUGCCACUUGGGCACCAUCGGGGGGGUCCGCGCGUUUGGACUUUUUGUCUUUCUCCCUGAAGCGCCAAAUUGUCAGGACCAUGCUUCUGACUGUUGGUUCUUUCGAAAAAGCCCCUCAAGCGUGCAGAGAUCUCUAGCGCUUCUUCUUUUUUAUUUUCUCCUAUUUCCCCCUUGGUCCUUGCAUCCUACGUGGCUGAGCCGUUUGUUUCCAUCUUGACACCAUAAAGCAUCCUGUGUGCCGAUUGCGCACAACUCACCGAAUGAAAUAUACCCCCUCCAUUUUUUUUAUGAUACCCCCCCUUCGCUACACCACGAUUCAUGUAUUGUCGGGUGUCAAUAUUAUACACUAGAUUUGCCCAUCUUUCUAUUCCAUAUUCCAGGUGUGUCACGGGAACAUGGGCUGGCUGCAGUCCUGAUUCUCUAUUCCCCCUCUCUACUUUUUCACAUGAUACCACGGUUGCAUACUCUCACUCUUUUCCCCCCCAUGUCUCGGUUAUUUUGUUCUUGUUUUUGUCCCGGCGCGCAACUUGUCUUUUAAUUCCUGGGUCUACGCAUUGUCCGGUUUCUGUCUUUUUUUUAUUUAUCAACAAGAGGCAUAUGGGGCGUUUUUGAUUUACAACAUGGCAUUAUGCAUUCUCCGGUAGACGGUGUCAUAGAUUGAUUCUUUGGGCAUACUACUUGUAGAAGGGUCUGGUACUCGGGAGUUUAUUUUGCUUUUCAAAUAUUUUGCAGGGGCGUACGCAUUCGUACGAUUUUCGUCUUGAUGAGACGAGGGUGAUAGCUGUGGCGGAUUGAAUACAAAGGAUUCUUGCUA